CUGCUCCAUAAAGAGGAGGCCACCGUGCGCUGUACGUUCGUGCACCAUAAACAUAAACAGGAGCCGCGCUUCAGCGGCAGCAACCAAGCGAGCGAGCAGAGGCAAAAACCCAUCUCUGUCCUGUGCGGCAUUGCACCGCCCCGGCCGCUUCCUCUGCUCGCCGAGUGAGAUGGGCAAAGAUGGCGGCGGCGGCGACGGGCUGGAGGUGCCGCUGCUGAAGCGGACGUACUACCACGGCAACUGCCCCGGGUGCAGGCUGGAGAAGAGGAACGAGACGCGGAGGGGCGUGCCCUACACAGAGUUCGCCUGCAUGUGGCUCGUCACCGUCUGCUCCACCUUGCCGAUUCAAUCCUUGUUUCCCUUCUUGUAUUUUAUGAUAAGGGACCUGCACAUUGCUAAGCAAGUAGAAGAUAUAGGAUUUUAUGCUGGUUUUGUUGGUGCUUCAUAUAUGCUUGGUAGAGCACUCACCUCUACAUUAUGGGGAAUUGUGGCCGAUAAGCAUGGGAGGAAACCUGUUCUCGUAGUUACCCUUAUUGCAGUAAUUACCUUGAAUACACUAUUUGGACUCAGCUCUAGUUAUUGGAUGGCAUUAACCACAAGAGGUUUGCUUGGGUUGUUGUCUGGUAUGUUGGGGCCAAUUAAGGCUUAUGCUACAGAAGUAUGCCGGAAAGAAUAUAGUCACUUGGCAUUAUCACUUAUUUCUUCCUCACGUGCCAUAGGCCUCAUUGUUGGUCCAGCCAUUGGUGGUUAUCUUGCACAGCCAGCAGAUAAAUAUCCAGGCAUGUUCUCUCAGGAAUAUAUAUUCGGGAGGUUUCCAUAUUUUCUCCCAUGCCUGUGUAUAUCAAUCCUCGCCGUUGCUGCUUUAAUUUCUUGCAUCUGGCUUCCGGAAACUUUACAUAAACACAAUGAAGCGACAUAUUCAAAUAAUUCGAUUGAAGCCAUGGAAGAAUCUCUUUCCGACUCUAAUGCUGAAGAAAGUAGUGGUGGAUAUUGGAGUUUGUUCACAAACUGGCCAUUGAUGUCUGCUAUCACCGUAUAUUGUCUUUUCUCGCUUCAGGAUGUGGCUUAUGCAGAGGUAUUCUCUCUUUGGGCUGUUAGCGAUAGGAAAUAUGGUGGAUUAAGCUUUACUUCUACAGAUGUGGGCAGUGUCCUUGCACUCUCAGGUCUCUUCCUCCUAAUAUACCAGAUUUUGAUUUAUCCAUCGGUUGCAAAAGCUAUAGAACCUAUCACAUUAGUCCGUGCAACUGCGAUCUUGACAUUACCACUUCUUGCGAGCUAUCCAUUCAUGACUACAUUAUCAGGGUUCAAUCUUCAGUUGGUAGUAAAUUGUGCAUCUUCUCUAAAGAAUUCCUUCCAAGUAACUACCAUCACGGUGUGCAAUAUUUUGAUGAAUGAUGCUGUGAGUCAAGACCUAAGAGCAUCGGCCAAUGGACUUUCUGUAACACUAAUGUCCAUCUUCAAAGCUGUCGCUCCGGCUGUUGCAGGUGUUAUAUUUUCAUGGGCUCAAAGGCGCCAAACUGCUUCAUUUCUUCCAGGAGACCACCUUGUCUUUUUCAUGCUUAACGCGGCCACCGUCGUCGGUCUUAUGUGCACCUUCGGACCACACUUUGCUAGGGGCAGCACGAAGCAUUGAUGUAGUAAUACUGUUGCGACAAGGGCAAGAACGAGGAACUAUUGUUCUAUCUUGUGAACUUCUUCCCCUUGAGCAUAGUUUUGUGCUCCACGCCACAUGUUAUUAGUAUUAUUUGUAGCACGGUGGCAUAUAGUGUUGUUAGAAACAUAUAUAUGCCCAAGCGGCAAUCAUAGAUGUAAACAAUAUCCUUUGUAUUUAUGGUUUAUUCACUCUUCAUUGAAUAAACUCAUGCGUAUUUAUCAA